AAAAACACCCUACAAUAUUUUCUCGUCGAAGUAAAAUAAAUUUUUAUAAGAAAACAGUGGAAAAAGUGUUAAUUUAUGCGCAGCGCGAGCAACAAAAAUCGAUUGAAGAACAAAACAUAAUAUAAAUAUGUAUGUAGGAAAAUUAUAAAAUGAAAAAGAACACACAAAAUUAAAGUAAAGAAAUAAAAAAAAAACAGAAUAUUAUAACAAAACGUAUAAAUAAAAGUUAAAUUAAUGCGCGCAGAAAAAGCAAGCACAGCAGUAAAAAGCUGUGAAACACAGCAGCACCGACAGCAGUGAACAGUGAAAAAGUUUCCAGCGUUGCAGCGCGCAACAAAUUUGUUUGAGUGAAAAAAAAACAAAAACAAGAAAUAAAGAACUUGAACUGAAAGUAAACUUUGAAUUUCGAAAAAAAAAAUGUGCAACACCUGAAAGAAGUGUUCAAAAAACCAAUAAAAAUUUAAGCCGAACAAGUUUCAUCACUAAAACUGUAAUCGUUUAGCGAAAUCUACAAAAAUGGAUAUGACAAAAGACAUUAUAGACUACACACAAAAACACGCUACAGACACAGCAGAGCGGCUGAUCGCCAGCUAUCAGUCACCACUGUCCGAGAUCAGUGAGAACGAGGCAAACACACGCGCAUGCGCUGCAGCAUCACCCUUUCAUGCGGGCAGCAAUAUUAUGGACGCCAAAAUUAACACACCAACAGCAGCAUCGUAUAAUGAGAGAGCUUCUACUAUCAACAAUAAUAACAAUACAACAACUAGUGGAAUUCCAAUGGGCGCAGAACAAUGCGAGCAACAGACGCGCCCACUUGAAACAACACAAGCAGACGCCGCUGUACAGCAGCCCAGGGAAGAGUUAAAUGAUACAGUUGCUGCUGUGGAGGAUGAAAUAAAAGCUAUUGCGUCGCAACCACCGAAGACUGUGGGCGCCGCCGUGGUGAGUGGUGACUUAACACCGCCACCACGCCCCUUCACCACUAGUGAGGUGGUGGGCAUGAGUUCGGCACUCGAUGAUGAUCCCGAUUUGCAUGUCGACAUACAAAUGCCCAAAUCGCGUUCGUUACCCACUUCGCCCGAUCAUCAUAGGCAUAGCUUGGACUCAGCAUCGGCAGAUAUUUUGACACGCAUGAAUGCGGCGCUUUUUGAAUUUGAGCAGCGGCGUGGCUUAGAUACAGCACUGCAUGCGCCCUUCGCUGCUGACAUGUCGGCACCAAUGCGCAUCUCGAAGUUGUCGAAGUCGUCAUUGUCUGCCGGCGCACCACUCACAGCAAGUAAGCCCAUUUCACCGCUGGGCUUGAAGUCCAAAAAACAGUUGGCUGCUGCAGCAGCGGUGGCAACAAACACACAGCAACAACAAUUCUGUUUACGCUGGAAUAACUACCAAACAAACUUGACAAAUGUCUUUGACGAACUGUUGCAGAAUGAGUCCUUUGUCGAUGUAACGCUUGCCUGCGAGGGACAAUCCAUUAAGGCACACAAGAUGGUGCUCUCCGCCUGCUCGCCCUACUUUCAGGCGCUUUUCUACGAUAAUCCAUGCCAGCAUCCGAUUAUCAUCAUGCGCGAUGUGCGGUGGGAGGAGCUGAAGGCUAUAAUGGAAUUUAUGUAUAAGGGUGAGAUCAAUGUAAGUCAAGAGCAGAUUAAUCCAUUACUGAAAGUUGCCGAAAUGCUGAAAAUACGUGGCUUGGCGGAGGUGAGUGCAGGAGGUGGCCACGGUGGCAUGGCCGCACCACAUCCCAUGAUGCCCGAACAACGCAUGACUAUAUUCGACGAAGAGGAUGACGUAGAGAGCGAUGAGGAAGGUGCCGAAGAUGGCUGCCAGAAACCAAAACGCGCACGCAUGCUCGACCCUACACUCGGCAAAACCUUUCCACAUGCAGCUGUGCUCGAUUUGAACUUGGCUGCACAGCGUCAGCGAAAACGCUCGAGAGAAGGCUUUUUCACCGAAAACAAUAUGUCACGCUUUGGCAUCAGUACAACAAUGCACACAGCAGGUGACAAUGCGGAAACCAACUCGCAGGUUGCCAUUGCAACAAAUGGCACCGCCGCUGAUACCGCCUCACAACCGCCACCCGUUGCCAUGACCACUUCGACUAUUGUACGUAAUCCAUUUGCUUCACCAAACCCUAAUCCCAAUCAUAAUGCCGGAGCAGCUAGCACCAAUCAAAAUAAUAUACAGUCCGCCACUGCAACACCUACUGCCCCCUCAGCGGUCGCUUCAUCAACACCAACACCACACGGCAGCGCUACACCGACUGCACCAGAUACGCCCACAUCGCAUGCCACUGCUCACUCAUAUCGUCCGCCAUCCAUGCCGUCGGCUAACAGCCUCAAAGGCGCUAUGUCUUCUCCAGCAGCAGCAGCAGCAGCAGCAGCUAGCGGUAUCCCCUUGAAUGUACAUUCCCAUCCAGUGGCCGCGGCGGCAGCAGCUGCUGCAUUGGGCGUUAAUCCGCAUCAUCCACAUCAUCCUCACCAUCAUCAUCAUCAUGCCGCGGCAGCCGCUCAACAGUUAGCUGCUCAGCAUCAAUUGCAUGCAGCGGCUCAUUCGCAUGCGGCUAUGGCCUCUGCUCUAGGCGCUUCAUUGGCUGCUGGUACCGGUCCUGGGGGCGCAGGCGCGAGUGGUGCACCAAAUAUGCCCCCGUCGAUGGGUCAUCAUGAUGAGUUGGAGAUCAAGCCGGAAAUUGCCGAGAUGAUACGCGAGGAAGAGAGGGCCAAAAUGAUUGAAAGCGGACAUCCGUGGAUGGGUGGUGCAUCGACGUCUUCCGUUACCGCAGACAGUUACCAAUACCAAUUGCAAUCGAUGUGGCAAAAAUGUUGGAACACAAAUCAACAAAAUCUCGUACAACAAUUGCGCUUUCGCGAGCGUGGGCCACUGAAGUCGUGGCGUCCCGAAGCAAUGGCCGAAGCUAUAUUCAGUGUGUUAAAAGAAGGUCUUUCGCUAUCACAAGCUGCACGCAAAUACGAUAUUCCUUACCCAACAUUCGUGUUGUAUGCCAAUCGCGUGCAUAAUAUGUUGGGACCCUCACUGGAUGGUGGCACCGAUCCGCGUCCGAAGGCACGUGGUAGGCCGCAACGUAUUCUGUUGGGCAUGUGGCCGGAGGAGUUGAUACGUUCCGUUAUUAAAGCUGUCGUGUUUAGGGAUUAUCGCGAGAUCAAAGAGGAUUUGGCACAUAUUUAUGCGAAUGGACAAAUGCAAGCGGGCUCCCCUUUUAGUGCUGCUGGUAAUGCUGCUGUCGCCGCAGCCGCCGCCAACGGUUACCACAACGCCGCUAAAUUAGCCGCCCAAAACGCCGCACUGGCACCACCCGACUCGCCCAGUCCACUCUCGACGAUGACCGAAACUUUGCGCCGUCAAAUCAUGUCCCAACAACAACAAUCACCCAUUUCACAAACAAUGAAUAUGUACAAAUCGCCAGCCUAUCUCCAGCGUUCGGAAAUCGAAGAUCAAGUAUCGGCAGCGAAUGCCAAACAGCAUGCCGAAGCGCGACGCGCCUCCGAUAGUAUGGCCGAUUUGAGCGCGUUGGGCGGCUUAAUGGGCAUACCCGGACUGAAUGUGAUGCCCACACAAGCGCAAGCGGCGGCUGCGUCGCGUGCUAGUCAAAUGCACCAAAGCGGUGGCGGUGUUGGCGCUAGCUAUGCACGCGAACGUGAACGCGAGAGAGAGAGGGAGCGCGAGCGUGAGCGAGAGAGAGAACGUGAACGUGAACGGGAGCGUGAACUGAAAGAAGCCAUGCAAGCACGUCAAUAUGGCAAUCAAUCUCGUGGCUCCAUUGGUACGCCCAGCGGUAGUAGCGGCCAAAAGAUGCCAGGCACAGCGGCUGCGGCUGCUGCCGCCACUGAUUCCGCAGCGGCAGCUGCUUAUGCGCACUACAAGAACAAAGAGCAGGCGAGUAAUUAUGCAUUCAAUAAGCGUUUCGCUGAAGCAAUGCCGCCCGGCAUUGACUUUGAAGCGAUCGCUAAUGGUUUGCUACAGAAAUCGGUGAACAAAAGUCCGCGUUUUGAGGAUUUCUUCCCCAGCGAAUUCUUUGGUAAUGCCGACAGUGCUGCCAGCGGUGGCGCUUCUUAUCCGCCCACGCGGGAAUCGCCUUUAAUGAAAAUUAAGUUGGAGCAUCAGGCGAGUGCUGAGGUGCCGCAUGAAGAUUAGAGUGAAUGGGAUGUAAAAAGUGAGUGUGUAAGAAAGAGAUAGAGAGAAUAUUUUAAUGUUUGAUAGGGAAGGGUAAGGCAAUAAUGUAGAAGUAGUUGUUGUAUGCCAUAUACAUACAUUUAUAAAUAUAAAGAAAAUAGUUUUUAAAUAAAAAAUGAAAUGAAAAAUGGUCGCUUUGAUGGGCGUAAGCGUAAUUCUUUAAGAAUACAAUUUUUUGACUGCUAUUUAACCCCAACGUAAGUAGGUUAGUAUGUAGAUUUUAGAUAUGCUAAAUGGCAUACGCAUAUACACACGCACAUAUAAGCACAUACAUUUAUAUGUCUAUAUUAUGCGCAGAGAUAAGCUUGAAAAUAAAAUAUGAAUUAAAUUUAUAAAUAAAAAUUUUGGUUUAAAUAAUUAGAUUAAUCGUAGUUAAAAGUUAAGGUAAGAAGAUAUUUUUUAAUUUUUAAUUUUUUUUUAAAUUUUUAUUUUUAUUUUUUUUCCAAUUAAAAGUGACACACAAAAUACAGUGACUAUUUAUAUAAUAAUAUAUUAUUAAUUAAAAUAAUUUAAGCGAUUUUCAGCUAUUGUAUUUCUCCUUUACAUGCAUAAGAUCUCGUUACUACGUACAUACAUAUGUGUAUACAUACAUAUAUAUGUAUUAACAUAACUAUUAUUAUU